GAACUGCAGGCCCGAGUUCAUCACUAACAAAUACUUGUAAGUCGCUGCUUCUGAAAUGCGACACCAGCUCACAUCGGACGAAACUGGAUAAACGUUGCACCCCAACCCCUACGCCAAUGCAAUCCCCAUGGACACUUGCUUCGAAUUCGCAGUAAAACUCUAAUUCAAAACCCAUAACUCAAAAGAUUUCAUAGCAUUACCCCCAAGAAUUUUCGAAAUGGACGCAAUUCUGCCGAUUAUCGCCUUCUCGGUGAUCGUCGGAGCUGUGAUCGCACUUGUAAUAUUUGGGACCUAUUUCCGGAAGAGGAAAUCUGAAAUCGAAUCCAUCAACAGGCCCGAAACCCUGAAAACGAACCCCAGACCCGCUUUGAAGCCAUCGGCUGCCAAGAAACCCCACCACAAAUCUCACUCCCAUUCGCAUGCAGCCGAUAAAGAUGCUAAUAAAAAGCAUCACCCGUUGGAUUUGAAUACUUUGAAAGGGCACGGGGAUGCUGUCACCAGUGUAUCUUUUUCGCCUGAUGCACGUAGCUUAGCAACUGCUUGCGGAGAUGGUGUUGUCCGGGUUUUCAGGUUGGAUGAUGCUUCAAGCAAAAGCUUCAAGUUUCUGAGAAUCAACUUACCUGCUGGAGGUCAUCCAACAGCAGUUGCUUUUGCCGGUGAUGCGUCGUCUGUAGUAGUGGCUACCCAGGUACUCGCAGGCUCAUCUUUAUAUAUGUAUGGAGAAGAAAAACCCAAAACAACUGGCGAGCAGAAGCAACAGAGCAAGCUCCCUCUUCCUGAAAUCAAAUGGGAACACCACAAAGUUCAUGACAAGAGAGCCAUCAUAACUUUGGUCGGAACCAAGGCAACUUAUGGCAGCGCUGAUGGGAGUGCAAUUAUUGCGUCAUGCUCAGAAGGCACUGAUAUUAUACUCUGGCACGGAAAAUCUGGAAAAGUAUUGGGCCAUACUGACACAAACCAGCUCAAAAAUACAAUGGCCACCAUUUCUCCUAAUGGUCGUUUCAUUGCAGCGGCUGCCUUUACUGCUGAUGUGAAGGUUUGGGAAAUUGUGUACUCGAAGGAUGGUUCGGUGAAGGAGAUUUUAAAGGUUAUGCAGCUUAAAGGUCACAAGAGUGCAGUAACGUGGCUUUGCUUUACUCCAAAUUCGGAAGAAAUCAUCACAGCCUCAAAGGAUGGUUCAAUAAGAAUAUGGAAUAUCAAUGUUCGAUAUCAUCUAGAUGAGGACCCUAAGACUUUGAAGGUGCUUCCCAUACCACUUCAUGAUGCAAAUGGCACUACUUUACACUAUGAUCGUAUGAGUCUGUCGCCUGAUGGGAAGAUACUGGCAGCAACUCAUGGUUCAACAUUGCAGUGGCUGUGUGCUGAGACUGGAGAGGUUUUGGACACUGCUGAAAAAGCUCAUGAUGGUGAUAUCACGGAUAUGGCAUGGGCGCCAACAACCAUUCCUAUGGAAAAUAAAGAGUUGGCUGUUUUAGCCACGGCCAGCACUGACAAGAAAGUCAAGCUAUGGGCAAGCCCGCCGUUGCAUCCUUCCUGAGGAGAGUAUCGGGAACAGGUUUAACCCAUUGUGCAUGAGAUAGGGCUUCUGGUCAGAGUCAGUAAAUUUCAAGGCGAGUUUGACAUGGUUCUCUGGAUGGAAAAUUAUCAUGGGCGUAAAACCUCACUUAUCUUCAUACUUGCUAGAAUUUUGUAGGCAAGAAAGUAAGUUGGGACAAAAAUUCUCUGAGAAGUUUGAAAGAGAACCAGGUGGUCUUACUCCCUUCGGUUUUUUCCGGCAAAAAAAAAAAAACAGCAGAGCUAGUAAUUUGGUUACUUUGAGAAAUUUUUGGUCAGUGCUUCGGCUUUAUCUUUUGUUUGUGCUGAGAAAUGAGAGCACUUUUAUAAGUUGUACUAUUGGAAUGAACUGAUAGCAUGGGUUCUUUAGGUUAUCUUUAAUAUCUGGAUUGGGAUUUUGAACUGAUAUUCAUAUGUUUAUCAACUUAGUUGACAUUUACCAUGUACUGGUA